CGCGCCCACACCGCCUCACAACGAAACGCAAUAUCGCCCUGCCCCUUCCUCUUCCUCGUCGACGCGCAGGCCCCUGGGAAAAAGAAAAACUUCUCCGUUGGAGGAAAGUCGCGUGCCGUCUCGCCCACAGGAAUUGUUUCAUCUUCGGUUGGUAGGAUUCUUCGGCUAUGGUUUGAUUUGCGCGUCCGCCUCCGUGUGCGACGUAAUCGUCGUGGUGGGUGUCUAGUUUAGAGGAGGCGGUUGACUUUCCGUUCAAUUUUUUGUGGUGAUUUGCGCCGGCGUGUGAAUUUAUAGAUUGGGGACCAGACCGGUGCAGGGAAGGUGAUUGGUCUUUUGGAUUCGAACAGCACAAAGGGGAGCAGGUGAUUCGAUGGAUAAUGAUCAAAAUGAAUGCAUUGAGGCCUCUGCUGGCUACCACCGGCCGCCCUAUGAGACCCAUGUCUUGUCAUUGGAAGAUCCUCGAAGCCCGUUGGCAGCAAUGGCACAAGAGAGCUGGAAGGAGUCUGAGGAGACUGUCCAAACACCUGAGGCACCAAUAUUGUGUGUAAACAACUGCGGCUUCUUCGGUAGCAGCAUGACGAACAACAUGUGCUCCAAGUGCUACAGGGACUUCAUUAAGGCCACGACAAUGGCUGCCCCUGUAGUGGAGAAGGUGUUCUCAGUGGCAUCAUCUUCCAGUGUGACCUUGGAGCAAGCAAAGGCAGAUGAAGUACCAGCCGUGGCUGUAGCUGAUAGCCAAGCAGCACAGGAGCCUCCAAAGCCGCCCAGCAACAGAUGUCUUUCAUGCCGCAAGAAGGUAGGCUUGACCGGUUUCCAGUGCCGGUGCGGGGGAACAUUCUGCUCCAUGCACCGCUACGCUGACUCCCACGAAUGCACUUUCGACUACAAGAAGGCUGGCCGGGAGCAGAUUGCCAAGCAGAACCCUGUUGUGAUAGCCGAGAAGAUCAACAAGAUAUGAUUGAUAAUCACACUGGGUUCAUUUGCUUGCUAUUCGUGGUGGUGCCGGAUUCGUCUUUACUUGAAUCAGUAGGUUUCUUCUGGUCUGGACUAGGUUGCUAGGGUCUCAAUUGUGUCUAUCCUUCUCCUUCAUGGUUCGCUUCUCUCCAUUAAGAAUGAAAUGAAAUAAUGUAAAUAUAUAAAAUUCUAUUGUUUUA